UCAGAGUUCAGACUCCAUUUUGACAGAAGAACAGAAGACGUCUGGUUCAGGACUGACUGAAGUUCACAGGAUGAGUCUGAGUGUGGAUGAAGAGGAGGACGGAGCAGAGUUAUCCCAUGAUACAAACAGGGGUUUGUCCAUAAAGGAACCUCCAGGGGGCAGUAAUGAACCAGGACCCUCUGAUCCACAAGGUCAGUAUAACAGACCCAGAGCAGAGUCUCCAGUGUCCACAUGUCUGUCCAUGAACAGUGACUGGUCCAAGGAUUGGCCUCCAGACUUUAGUCGUGAACCUGGACCUUCAGACACAGAAGGUCAGUAUAACAGACCCAGAGCAGAGUGUCCAGUGUCCACAUGUCUGUCCAUGAAGAGUGACUGGUCCAAGGAUUGGCCUCCAGACUUUAGUCCUGAACCUGGACCUUCAGACACAGAAGAGACGGAGAGGACUCAUGUUCCUGAGGUGGACCCACCGUCCUGUUCUUUGUGUCAGAAGGUCCAGAGUGAUCCGGUCCGGACCAGCUGUGGACACUGGUUGUGCAGACAGUGCAUCGCUUCAUACUGGGACCAGUCUGGUUCAUCAGGAGACUCCUCCUGUCCCCAGUGUGAAGAAACAUCCAGAACAAGAGCUGAGCUGCAGAUCCACAGCUCUGUCCAAAUUGAACAUAAACUCAGUCUGAGGAGCAGAUGUGAAUGUGUGACUGAAGGAACUGAGGAAACAGGAAGUAGAACCCGUCUAAACCGGAUCUACACUGAGCUCUACAUCACAGAGGGACAGAGUGAAGACGUUCAUACCCAACAUGAGGUGAGGACGCUGGAGACAGUUUCCAAGAAGAUCAUCCAAGAAAGGCCAAUCAGGUGUCAGGACAUCUUCAAAGCCUUACCCGAGCAGCAGAAACCCAUCAGAGUGGUUCUGACCAACGGCGUGGCUGGAGUUGGAAAAACCUUCUCGGUGCUGAAGUUCACUCUGGACUGGGCCGAGGGUUUAGAAAACCAGGACGUCAGUCUGGUGGUUCCGCUGUCCUUCAGAGAGCUGAACCUGGUCUCAGAUGAGCAGUACAGUCUGCUGACGCUGCUCCAUGUUUUCCAUCCAACAUUACAGAAGGUCACAGCAGAGCAGAUCAGCAUCUGCAAACUUCUGUUCAUCUGCGACGGCCUGGAUGAAAGCAGACUGUCACUGGAUUUCCACCACUGUCAGGUUGUUUCAGACGUCACUCAGAAGUCAUCAGUCAACGUCCUGUUGACCAACCUCAUCAAGGGGAACCUGCUUCCAUCAGCUCUCAUCUGGAUAACAUCUCGACCUGCAGCAGCCAAUCAGAUCCCUCCUUCAUGUGUGGACAGGGUAACAGAGGUCCGAGGCUUCACCACUGAUGACCAGAAGGAGGAGUACUUCAAGAAGAGAUCCACUGAUGAAGAUCUGUCCAACAAAAUGAUCUCACACAUCAAGACAUCCAGGAGCCUCCACAUCAUGUGUCAAAUCCCAGUCUUCUGCUGGAUCAGUUCUACAGUUCUGGAGCACAUGUUGACUUCAGAGCAGAGAGAAGAGCUGCCCAAGACCCUGACAGACCUGUACUCACACUUCGUCAUGGUCCAGACAAAGAGGAAGAAGAAGUAUGAAAAAGGACAUGAAACACGAUCAGGAGAGCUGUUAAAGGCAGACAUGGAAGUCCUUCUGAAGUUGGGGAGGCUGGCGUUUGAACAACUGGAGAAAAGAAACAUGAUGUUCUACCAAGAAGACCUGGAUCAGUGUGGUCUGGACGUCACAGAGGCCUUGGUGUACUCAGGAGUUUGUACAGAGAUCUUCAAAACAGAGACUGUGAUCUUCCAGAAAACAAUCUACAGCUUUGUUCACCUGAGUGUUCAGGAGUUUCUGGCUGCAGUCUACUUCUACCACUGUUACACCAGCAACAACACAGAGGUUCUGAUGCGUUUCACAGUCAGUGACAGCCUCAGUGACAGCCUCAGUGACAGCCUGGAUGUUUUCCUCAGAAAAGUCAUGAUAAAAUCCCUUCAGAGUGAGAACGGACACCUGGAUCUGUUUGUUCGUUUCCUUCAUGGCCUCUGUCUGGAGUCCAACCACAGAGUUUUAGGAGGUCUGCUGGGUCCAAAAGAGAACAGACCAGAGAGCAUCCAUAAAGUCAUCAUGAACCUGAAGCAGAUGAACACUGAGGACAUCUGUCCUGACAGAAGCAUCAACAUCUUCCACUGUCUGACGGAGAUGAAGGACCAAACAGUCCAUCAGGAGAUCCAAGAGUUCCUGAAGUCAGAGAACAGAUCACAGAAGAGACUGUCUGAGAUCCAGUGUUCAGCUCUGGCCUACAUGUUGCAGAUGUCAGAGGAGGUUCUGGAUGAACUGGACCUGCAGAAGUACAACACAUCAGAUGAAGGAAGACACAGACUGAUCCCAGCUGUGAGGAACUGCAGAGAGGCCAUACUUUCUUCCUGUGGACUCUCACAGACUCACUGUGAAGUUGUGGCCUCAGCUCUGAAGUCUAAUCCUUCACAUCUGAGACUUUUGGAUCUGAGUCACAACAACCUACGGUAUUCAGGAGUGAAACUGGCGUCUGGACUGGAGAGUCCAAACUGCAGACUGGAAACUCUGAGGUUGUAUAACUGCAGUUUAUCACAGAUCAGCUGUUCUUCUGUGGCCUCAGCUCUGAAGUCCAAUCCUUCACAUCUGAUAAAACUGGAUCUGAGUAGAAACAACCUCCAGAAUUCAUCAGUGAAGGAGCUGUGUGAUUUCCUGCAGAGUCCAGAUUGUAAACUACAGGAUCUGAGGUUGGAUAACUGCAGUUUAUCACAGAUCAGCUGUUCUUCUGUGGCCUCAGCUCUGAAGUCCAAUCCUUCACAUCUGAUAAAACUGGAUCUGAGAGGAAACGACCUCCAGGAUUCAUCAGUGAAGGAGCUGUGUGAUUUCCUGCAGAGUCCACAUUGUAAACUACAGGAUCUGAGGAUGGAUAACUGCAGUUUGUCAGAGAUCAGCUGUUCUUCUGUGGCCUCAGCUCUGAAGUCCAAUCCUUCACAUCUGAUAAAACUGGAUCUGAGUCUAAACAAGCUCCAGGAUUCAUCAGUGAAGGAGCUGUGUGAUUUCCUGCAGAGUCCACAUUGUAAACUACAGGAUCUGUGGAUGUGGGGAUGCAGUUUAUCACAGAUCAGCUGUUCUUCUGUGGCCUCAGCUCUGAAGUCCAAUCCUUCACAUCUGAUAAAACUGGAUCUGAGUAGAAACGACCUCCAGGAUUCAUCAGUGAAGGAGCUGUGUGAUUUCCUGCAGAGUCCACAUUGUAAACUACAGGAUCUGGGGUUGUGGGGCUGCAGUUUGUCCAAAAUCAGCUGUUCUUAUCUGGCAGCAGCUCUGAAGUCCAAUCCCUCACAUCUGAUAGAACUCGACAUACGUUGGAACAACCUGAAGGAUUCAGAUGUUAAAGAACUGGAGGACCUUGUUCAGAGUCCACACUGUAAACUGGAGAAACUGGAAUGGAGGUGGUGAUCUGUGGAACAGUCACUGUGAUCAGGACUGUGUGAGGAUCAGCUGAGUCCAGAUGAUCGACAGAUGUGAAAGCAGCAGCACAUCCUCACUUCUUCUCCUCCACUCCUCACUUCUUCUCCUCCACUCCUCACUUCUUCUCCUCCACUCCUCACCCCUCCCUCUGAUGAUGUCACAGAAGGUGAGGCAGACUUCCUGUAGCUCCGCCUCCUUGGUUCAUCAUGUGACUUUAAAGGCGGUGAAACAUCCUUCCAGAUGAUUCUCUGAGAUGGAUUCAUGAGGAACCACGAAGCACUGAGGAGUGGAGGAGCUGAAACAGAAGGAACUGACCAGAGGUUUUUCAUUGGAUGUACAGUCAGUGAACCAGUGUGUUUUGUGGAUAGCACUGAGUUAUUUUGUGCUGCCACCCUGUGGACUAAUGGAGAACUACACUGUAUACCUGAAAACUGGACCUGUGAUCAGGCAAGGGACUAUUUAUGGUCAUUUUCAAAUACAUUACAAGACAGUGACAUCAGCAGUUCCAGAGAGGACAGUGAGUCCACAAUCUGAGGUCCAAUGUGGUCUACCAGGGUCUGUCAGGUCCAAUGUGGUCUCCAGGGUCUGUCAGGUCCA